CGAAGACGAAUCACAUUGAAAUCGUUGUGGCUCUGAGGCCACCGCGUUUGCUCUUUCGGGUCCUCUACGCUCAGUUGACCCGGUCAAUUGGCGUGUUUACGUGAAAAGAGAUUCAAGGAGACAUUCAUAUAAACGCGAUCUUUAGUUUGAGCCACCGAAGCCCCCUGUGUCUCUGCUGUACGCCACAAAAGCUCUCCUGUUUCUGUCUGUUCUUUGUGCUUCUAUUGUUCCCUCUAAAAUUCCUGAAAAUGGGUGUCGAAAGCUCCAUAAGUUCCAAGGUUUUGCUUCGACUUGUCAUUAGCAUUUGGACGGUCAUCUCUUUGGAAGACUGGGUUGCAUCAGAGAGCUUGAAAGAUGCACUUUGCGAGGGUGGUAAGUGCGGUGACGUCAUGAACGAUUGUUACUUCUGGAACGACACUAAACCAUGUACUGAUUUUCAAAGCGAGUGUCAUGAGACGCCAGUGUUUAACCUACAACCUUUUGGGGAGUAUGUUGUCGAUUAUGAUCAUCAAACUCUUAGGUCGAGCUCGGAGUUUGAGAGAACUGGCAAUGCUUGUUUCGCUCCAAUUAAACAUUCUCCCAAACCGUCCAGUGAAUCUGAUACUCAUGUUUCCAGAUUUGAACCGCCCUCCUUUCUCAAAUCCAAUGAGAGGCCUUCAUACCUAGCAUUUCUCCAUUAUUGCAGCAGCUUGCCAAAUGUUGAUUAUCUAAAUCCUCACUCGACUUGCCCCUCUGGUGGCGCCAACCGCUCUUAUGUCGCUCUUAUAAUAGACAUACAAGAAGUCCUAUAUCUUAAUCUGUCAGUGUGCCAGAGUCAUGUUAUUGUACCUGUUGAAUUAGCCAGAAAGGACAGAGAUAAACUAGAAAAUGUUGACUCUGAGGACAAGUUGAAGGACUGGAUUAGACUGAAAUGGAAUUUAACCUCCUGGGAGAGUUGUGUCGAAUGCAAAGAAAGUGGAGGCAAAUGCAGGGAACCGGAUGGAAGUUUUCUGUGCUUCUGUUCUGGUAAAGCUUAUCGGCGUACUUGCAAAAGAGCGCAACAAGGCGAUUUGGUGAUGAAAGUCGCUAUAGCUGCAUCAGGAGUUGGAAUUGCGAUUGUCAUUCUUGUAGUCUAUUCCAUUAGGAAGAAGUCGAUGAUACGAAAACAUAUGGAUUUGAUGAUGGGAAAGAAAGAACAUUCUUCAACCGCACAGAAAAUUGAGGGACUGUUCUCUUCAAGGAGAUAUACCUACAAAGAUAUCAAGAGGAUGACCAAUUCUUUCCGGGAAAAGUUGGGUCAAGGAGGUUAUGGUUAUGUAUACAAAGGCAAUCUUCGUGAUGGUCAACUUGUGGCCGUGAAGCUUCUAAAGAAACUGAAAGGCGAUGGCGAAGAAUUUGUCAAUGAAGUUGCGAGCAUAAGCAGGACUUCUCAUGUCAAUGUUGUCAGCCUUCUGGGCUUUUGCUUUGAGGGAAGCAAAAGAGCUUUAGUUUAUGAGUUCAUGCCGAAUGGAUCAUUGGAAAAGUUCAUAUUCAAAAGCAACACUUCAGAGGCAAAUCUGCAAUUGAGUUGGGAGAUAUUAUACAACAUCUCCCUAGGCAUAGCACAAGGGCUAGAGUACCUGCAUCGAGGUUGUAAUGCCAGGAUCUUGCAUUUCGAUAUAAAGCCUCACAACAUUCUUCUCGAUCGGAAUUAUUGUCCGAAGAUUUCCGACUUUGGUCUUGCCAAAAUAUGUCCUAGAGAAGAGAGUAUCGUGUCGAUGUUGGGUGCACGCGGCACUGCAGGCUACAUUGCUCCGGAAUUGGUCAUAAGGAACAUUGGAGGGGUUUCUCACAAAUCGGAUGUCUACAGUUACGGCAUGAUGGUUCUGAAAAUAGUCGGCGUGAGAAAAAACGUUGAAGUUGGGGUGGACCGUACUAGCGAAAUAUAUUUUCCUCAUUGGAUUCACGAACGCCUUGAACUUCAGGAAGAACUCGGGUUGCAUGAUAUCACGAAUGAGGAAGACGAAGGAAUCACGAAGAAGAUGAUCAUAAUCAGCUUGUGGUGCAUUCAGAUUGAUCCGAGAGCUCGACCAUCGAUGACUCAAGUCGUGGAGAUGCUGAGAGGAAGUGUUGAGGCCUUGCAAAUUCCCCCCAAACCAACCUUGUCUUCCCCCUCAUCGAGAUCCCCCAUAGCUACUACAGACGGGAGUUCGCUGCUACAAUUUGGUGUUACUACAGCAACUGCAUAAAUUUAUAUGAGAUACUUCUUUUGAGAUCUCUCCCAGCUUGUCUAGGUGAAAGUGUGUCUCUCCAAAAGAGUAAUGACUCCAGUCGGGAUUAAUUCAAUGUCAAUUAUACGAGACCGAUACUGUUUGUAACAGAAAAACCAUGUGGGCUGAACUCACAUGAACUCUUGAAUCGGGUGGGCCUUGUCCAUUCUCAUCAAGCGUUUUUGAGACAUAUGUCGUUUUAUAUAAAGAGUUUAUUAUAAAUUAUUCUA